GAACAGGUCGAUGGCGUGUUCUCGAGGUAUCUAAGGAACGAUCGUCGAGAAGAGCGUUGAAAUUUUAUAAAGGGGGUCAUCAUACGAGGCCAGCUCCGGUCUGGUUGAACGCAUCGAGCCAGGACGACAGUCUUCGGUCGUCGUCCGAUCUGGACUGAACGGUGAUACGUAAGAGUUCGACUAUUUCUCUCUCUCUCUCUCUCCUCUCCUUCUCUCUUUCUUUCUUUCUGUCUCUCUCUCUCUCUCUCUUUUUUUUUUUUUUUUUAAUAUCAAAUGUGUAACUAAUGUGACACGAACGAUUUCAUCAAAUUGUGAUAGAGUUAUUUUUUUUUUUCCUUCCUCCUCUACUUCUUCUUAUUUCAAUUUUUCAUAAGUGAAAUAAAAAUAAAUAAAUAAGCGGAACUGUGCGAUAAAGAAGAAGAAGCUACGAUACCAUCGUAUCAUCCUAUUCGAAUAAAUCAUUCUCAAGAUAUAGUGGUUGGUCAAAACAUCACUUGAUGCGUUGAGGAUGCAACGUGAUCUUUGCAACGGUGGGCUUGCAUGCGCCGUUGUGUGGGUGUCAUCGACCUGCCUUCUUCUUCUUCUUUCAUUGUCAUCCUCGGUUGGAGCUGAGUCAUCUCUAAAAGCCACAACAGGUCGAUGUCCAUCCUUCGAAGAGCAAAACAUUUGUCCAUCGAGGUCACCAUCUUGUAAGAUAGAUUCCGAAUGUCAAUUAUUCGAAGAACGUUGCUGCAAAACAGCCUGCGGAUUGAGAUGCGUCGGUAGCGAGCUAUCAGGAUGCGAACAAUUAGCUUUGGCAGCCGUUAAGAGAUUCCGUGCUCUUGACAGUUGGACCGUGAUAUCGCAAUAUAUACCAAAAUGUAAUAACAAAACAGGAGAUUUUGAGAGGGUACAGUGUGAUCCCGAGAAAAAACGUUGUUGGUGCGUCGACGAGAAGAUUGGUAGUGAAAUUCCUGGAACGAUAGGAUCUAACAUCGAUGAUAUUGAUUGCAAUAAUCCUAAACCAUGUCCAGCACAUUCUUGUCGAAUGUUUUGCCCGCUUGGAUUCGAAAUCGAUACGAACAGUGGGUGUCCCAAGUGUGAAUGCAGAGAUCCAUGUCGUGGUAUAACUUGUCCAAGUCCGGGUCAGAUAUGUGAAUUAAUCGAUGUACCCUGUGCACGUCCUCCGUGUCCACCGGUGCCAAGCUGUCGUAAAGCUAAAUCCCUCUUCAACGUAUGCCCGGCAGGUGAACCAUUGCAAAUCACAGAUUCUUUGAGACCAUUCUUAUGCGGUAAUACAGCAGGAAAACCAAGUUGUCCGCCGAUGUAUAGAUGUUUGGUAGAUCCGAAACAAGAAUAUGGGGUUUGUUGUCCCUCAAAUUUCAAUUUAACGAGAGCCGGUACUUGCCCAAACGAGGAACCAACGAUUUGUGGUAGAACAUGCCAACAUGAUUUGGAAUGUCCACCGCCACAGAAAUGUUGUCAAAGUGAACGCUGCGGUGGUAGUUGUUUUAUACCCGAAAAUCUUAGCGUAUGUCGGCAUGAUCGUAUGCUGGCAGAAAUGUUAAGUAUUUCGGAAAAACAGGGCCGUGGUUACAUACCGCAAUGUACGGAAGAAGGAGAAUUUCAAACUAAACAAUGUUCGAGGAACGGUCUGGUAUGUUGGUGUGUCGAUGAUGAUGGUCGAAAGAUAUCUGGUUCAAUGGGACCAGCUGAUAAAGUAAAUUGUACAUCGAUUGCCAAGGCAAGAUCUUUAUCGACAUCUUGCAUUCAACAACAGUGCGCCCAAGUUUGUCAAUAUGGAUUUAAAACUGAUUCUUCCGGUUGUUCUACAUGCGAAUGCGAUAAUCCUUGCGAGGGUUUUCCAUGUCCACCCGAAGAAGAAUGUGUGCUCAAACAGGAAACGAAUUGUCCUGAUUUUCUUUGUCCUACCAAGCCAGAAUGUAAAGCAAAAAGAACUUAUAAAAGCCCUUGCAUUUUUGGUACACCUCUGAGCGAUGAAGAAGGUAAUGCGAUCACGUGUUCUAACAAUCAGACCUGUCCAUAUAAUUACGCGUGUACAGUGGUACCAGAAGCUGGACAAUCGAUUUGUUGCGCUAUACCAUCGACCACAGUAAAAAAAUUAUCAAUGUGUGAAUAUCUGCGAGAUUUUGGUGAACGAAUGGAAGGUACGAGAGAAGGUAUGUCCUUAGCUGUUCCACCACCGCAAUGCGAGGAAAAUGGUACUUACAAGCCUUUGCAAUGUAAUAACGGUACCUGUGCUUGCGUGAAUCAGUACGGAGUUAUUUUGCGCGGUGACGUCAGUCCCGAGACCGAUUGCAAAAGUCUUAAAAGUCCUUGGCAAGUUUGUACCCCGAUAUCGUGCGAUUUGGUUUGUCCUUACGGUUACGACAUAGAUACGAAUGGUUGCGAGCAAUGUAAUUGUCACGAUCCUUGUAAAGAUGUGUCUUGUGGCCUACGAGAAGUUUGCACAAUGGUGGACGUAAAUUGUGGCACAGGAGAAUAUUGUCCACCCGUUCCUGCGUGUCUGACAACGAAACCCGGACAAUGUCCCUAUUUGGUACCAAGUUCGUCGAGCUGUGAAUUACAAUGUAGUAACGAUCAAGAGUGUUCGAAUUCGGAUAAAUGUUGCUCAACAGGUUGUGGUACGCAAUGCGUAGCACCUGUCAUGGCCACUGCUUGUCAACAUGCACAGGCUGUAGCCAAGCACGCAGCUAGAGAAUCUGGUGAACCAGCAAGAAGAAUUUAUAUACCUAGAUGUGACGUCAAUGGGGCAUUCGAGGCAGUCCAAUGUCACAACGGUAUGUGUUGGUGCGUCGACGUGGAAGGAAGAGAAGCUGCAGGUACACGGGUUCUCGAAGGUAUCGUACCGAGAUGUAACAAGCCUCAAAGAUGUCCAGAGAUCGAUUGUAAGCUCGAUUGUCGAUCGGAAGGUUUUGAAUUGGAUCUAGAUAGUGGUUGUCCUAUGUGUUCAUGUAGAGAUCCAUGUAAAAGAGUAACUUGUCGCGGUGAGAAUGAAGCUUGUAGAAUGGUCGAGGUGGCUUGUAGUGUACCACCUUGUCCACCAGUACCAGUUUGUUUACCGAAGAAGGAUAAUCCAUGUCCAAAUGGAACGCCUCUUCUAGAUCAAAAUAGAUUACCUGCUACUUGUGGUCCUCACGGUCAUCAAUGUCCAUCUACACACAAGUGCGAGUUGUCGCCGUUAGAUGAAUAUGCUGUUUGUUGUCCAAAACCACGUGAGGUUUGUUUUGAACCAUUACGUACAGUACCGUGUAACACGACGACGAUGUACAAUGAAACAAAUAGAUGGUACUUCGAUCCAGAGAAAAACGAAUGCAGAAUAAAAACCGAAUGUACGCAUGGCCAUAAUGAUUUCUCAAGUCGUUUGAUAUGCGACACCGUUUGUCCUGUCUUGUCUCAGUGCGAAAGACUCCGAGAGAAAAAUUUGAAAACAUCACAAAGAUUAAAACAAUCGACAUUUCUACCUAGAUGCAAUCAAGAUACUGGCAUGUGGGAAUCUGUUCAAUGUUUGGAACACGUUGGUGUUUGUUGGUGUGUUAAUAGAAAAGGACAACCCAUGAAAGGGUCGCUUAUCAGAGGACUCGAACCAAAAUGUAACUUUAGACAAGCUAGACGUGGCGGUAGAGGUCCUACGAAUCAAGAAAUAGAUUACAAGAUUCAGGCCUUCAUGGAAGGUACUUUGUUGGAAUUAUUAGAGGCUGAUGAGAAACAAAUGAAAAAGAUCAUCGUUACCAGAUGCCAAGCAAUGAGAGAUAGAGGUCAUGUAUCGGCUAUAUGCGAUCGUCAAGGUAAAUUUGAACCUACUCAAUGUGCUGGUGAUACAUGCUGGUGCGUCGACGAAGCUGGCAAUCAACUGGUUGGUUCAGAACCAUUUUUAAAAGGGACUAACAUAUGUUUACCAACUCCAAUUGAGGCCGUAGAAGUCAUAUUACGUUUUCCAGGAAGAUUUUUAAUAACCGACAAGGUACGCUUUAAAGGAGAAGCAAAAAAAUUUUUGCACGAAUUAGGCGCAAGGAUAAAGGACGAUAUUGAAGUAGAUCUCGAACGUGAUUCGGCCUUUUUGAAAUUUGAUAUUAUCGGUACGAAUAAGGUCGACAUAGCUUUUCAUUUGGAAGAAUUGACAAGGAUGCAGAAACUAUUAAUUCUUGGGUCAUUGGCCGAUGAAACGACGUCACGAUUCACACAUAAAUCUAUGCCAGUCGCUGUUGAAAACAGGAUCGUUGCGUUAGAGCAACGGGAGAUUCUAACGGAAGUUGAAGCACCCGUUUAUCAAACGGCCACUUUGGUUUUAGCGGCAGCCAGCGCCUUUGUUAUCAGCAGCUUGAUAAUCCUCUUAAUGUUGUAUCGAAAAAAGAUGAAGAUGAAGGAUCCAAGAAAAACUUUGCCGAUGGAUCAACAUUUCCUUGCUUAUAAUCAACAACCGGUUUACGUAAUAUCCGGCCUGGAAAAAGAUGAGAAGGAUGCAGGACAACUACAAGAAAAUGUUAAUCUUUCUGAAACAACUGAUAAUAAUGCAUGAAUGAUAACAUUGAGAAAAUAUAAUUAUAUAUAUAUAUUUUUUUUUUUGAAAAUAUGAUUAUAUAUAUAUAUAUAUAUAUAUAUAUAUAUAUAUAUAUAUAUAUAUAUAUAUAUAUAAUCGUUUUUCGAUCAUUCAUGCCCCGAAAUAGGAUUUAAAUAUCAUCAUUCACAUUAAUGAGGUCAUAACUGUGUUCCCUCGUUUCAUCAUAAUUCAUAAAAUAUUUAUUCAAUAUACAUAUGUAAUAAAUAACAAAAUAGCGAUUUGUAAAAUCGCCGAUCGACCAAAUUCAGAAAGGGAAUUCAUUGAUAAAAGAAUGUUUGUAUUAUUGGGUUAUAUGGGUAAAAAUUUGAUAAUUUUAAAAAUCGAUUAUUCUCUCGAAAUAUUUUUUUUUUUCUUUCUUUUUUUUUUUUGGUCUUAUAUUCAGGCUUUUGAUUUUCACAAGUUGGACGUUAUGAUUUUUUUUACGAAUCCGAAAGGAAGAAAGAAAGGAAAAAAAAAGGAAUACAAAGAGAAAAAAGAAUUAGCGUGUAAAGUCUACGAAAAGGAGUAAUCGAUUUUUUUGUGAAAUCAUUUAGAAAUUUUGUGAGCCCAUCUUGUUUUUCUUUUUUCUUUUUCUUUUUCUUUCUUUUUUCUUUUUUUUUUUUUUUCCCCUUUA